UCCUCAUAUCACCCACCAUGGGUGUACCAGCACCCGUCCCUCAGAUCAUUCCUACACUAUGUGGGGGCUCAUCUAACCAGCUUAUGGAAUAGGAAGAGCUUGAACAUGUUUUAUGGGCAGGUCGGCUUACUGUGUGGAUGGAAACCAAAAUGGGCAGUGGUUUAAUUACACUCAGAGUGGGAGGGGACUUGAAAAUAGUGAUGAGGAAAAAUGGUCCCAAUGCACAAAACUCAGAGUGGUGUGCCUGUUACUCAUUCUGUGUGGAUGGAGCAGUGGCCUGAGAUAUCAGAGGACAUCAGAGUGUUUCAGUCAAGACUGAAAGGAGUAAAACCUAGCCUAAAUUAAGGGGGAUUUACUAAGAAGAUAUUUGUGUUCUCAUGGCAAUGAUGACUCUCUAAGCUCAUGGAAAAUUGAACUGGCAUCUGGAAAAGCAUCAGUAACAAGGCUAUCAACUUAGACAGAAUGGUUGAUCAGCUCCAAGGAACAUGGAAAUCCAUUUCUUGUGAAAAUUUUGAAGAAUAUAUGAAAGAGCUGGGAAUAGGAAGAGCCAGAAGGAAACUUGGCUGUCUGGCAAAACCCACGGUGACCAUCAGUACACAGGAAGGUCUGAUCACUAUAAAAACCAGAAGCAUCUUUAAAAAUAAUGAGAUCUCCUUUAAACUCGGAGAAGAGUUUGAGGAAAAUACACCAGGUGGCCAUAAAACCAAGAGUGUGGUAAACUUAGAUAAUGACUCUCUGAUUCAAGUUCAGGACUGGAAUGGCAAAGAGACCACCAUAAAGAGAAAGGUGGUGGAUGGGAAAAUGGUGGUGGAAAGUGCUGUGAACAAUGUUAUCUGCACUCGGACAUAUGAGAGAGUACAAACAAACUCAGCCUCCAACUCUUAAGCACUCCCAAAUUGUGAUACAGACUACUGAGGCUGUUUAAAUAAAACUCCAAAGUAAAAUGUUAUGACUGGUAAUACGAGAGAGCCUACGCACAAACGUU